AAAGCGUGCGGAUUAAUUUAUCCUUAUUUCAUUUGUGGCAAGUGUUUAAGUAAAUCAUUCAAGAUUGCGAAACAUAUUUUAAAUUUUUUAAAAAAGAAAAAAACCCAAUCCACAUCGAAUCCUCCCAGCGAAGAAAAAACCAGCCAACCAAAAUCUUCACUAAAGAAGCAGCAACAGUGUGAAGAUAACAGUUGUGGCUCUAGCCCCGCUGCAGAAGAGGAAAAAAGCCGCAAAAUAACACCGCCCACGGGUCCAAAUUUUACUACUUCGUCUCCUACUACGCAGGCAGCAGCCGGCGAUAGUUUGGACGUCGGCCGCGGCAGUGCUACGAUUCAAGUGCCGAACUUCCGUAUUUCCUCUCUGACUGGUACUAUUUCGAAAAUGGGUAAUAAUGCUACAACUUCCAAUAAAAAAGUCGACGCUGCCGAAACCGUUAAGGAAUUUCUCGAGCAAGCGAAAGAGGAGUUUGAAGACAAAUGGCGCCGCAAUCCUACAAAUACCGCAUGCCUUGACGACUUUGAGCGUAUCAAGACAUUAGGUACGGGCUCAUUUGGGCGUGUAAUGAUCGUGCAACAUAAACCAACAAAAGACUAUUAUGCCAUGAAAAUACUGGACAAGCAAAAGGUUGUAAAAUUGAAACAGGUCGAGCAUACACUUAACGAGAAGCGCAUUUUACAAGCUAUCUCAUUUCCCUUCUUAGUGUCGCUGCGUUAUCAUUUCAAGGACAAUUCUAAUUUGUAUAUGGUACUAGAGUAUGUGCCUGGCGGUGAAAUGUUCUCACAUUUACGUAAGGUGGGUCGAUUUUCAGAGCCCCAUUCUCGUUUUUAUGCAGCCCAAAUAGUAUUAGCAUUCGAGUAUCUGCAUUAUCUGGACCUUAUCUAUCGCGAUUUAAAGCCAGAAAACUUGCUAAUCGAUUCACAAGGUUAUCUCAAGGUUACCGAUUUUGGUUUUGCUAAACGUGUAAAAGGGCGUACCUGGACUCUAUGCGGUACGCCCGAAUAUCUUGCGCCCGAAAUCAUUCUUUCUAAAGGCUACAAUAAAGCAGUCGAUUGGUGGGCCUUAGGUGUUCUUGUUUAUGAAAUGGCUGCCGGUUAUCCGCCAUUUUUUGCUGAUCAGCCAAUACAAAUCUACGAGAAGAUUGUAUCAGGAAAGGUGCGAUUUCCCUCGCACUUUGGUUCCGAUUUAAAAGACUUGCUUCGCAAUUUGUUGCAAGUCGAUUUAACGAAACGUUACGGUAACUUGAAAGCCGGCGUUAACGAUAUAAAAAAUCAGAAAUGGUUCGCUUCAACAGAUUGGAUUGCAAUCUUCCAGAAAAAAAUCGAGGCGCCCUUUGUACCGCGGUGUAAAGGACCCGGCGAUACCAGCAACUUUGAUGAUUACGAAGAGGAGGCGCUUCGGAUCUCAAGCACAGAAAAGUGCGCCAAAGAGUUCGCAGAAUUCUAAAUGCACGCUCAUCUCUUUCUUUUCAUCCUUACCCCAGUCUCUUAACGCAUUUGUGCGUUCGCAUAUGUUCGUUUCUUUUUGUUGAUCUACAAAAAUUUCUUAAAAGUAUAUUGAUUCGGUUUUGUUCACAACACGCCGUAUUAUAAUUAUGAAACAAGUAAGCCAAGCAGCAAUUAAAUAAAAGAACGCAAAAAAUAACUAAAUGAAUAAAGACACAACACAUAGAAUAAUGAACCGGCAAUUACAGUGUAUUCUUGUAAACGGGUUUAACAAAUUAAGUAUAAAUAUAAAAUAAAAUGAAAGAAAAAUAAAUAACUUCAGUAGCUUAAAAGGAAGAAAGUAAAUAAAUAAAUAUAAAUAUAAAAAUAAAAAAAUCCAAAAACAAAAGAGUAGCAACUAUUUUGAGAGAGUGCAAUUUGUAAGCCUCAAAUAUAUACCUCUCCUUGUCUCAUCGUCAAUAGUCAAUCAACACAACACAAUCUCACCGCUCCAUGGAACAAACGCCACGAGUUUGUGCAUAUGAUCUUCUGCGAUAUAUACAAUAUAAUCAUAUUCACGCUAUUGGAUUUUUUCAAUAUCGUAGGAAAACUUUGCCAGCGGUACAUGAACUCAUCUUUUAUAAACUACAAUUUUGCUCUACUUAACACAGUACUAUUACAUUGUACAGGACACCACAAA